AUGGGGUUUGGGACCAAGUGGCGUGACUGGAUCUCAUCCCUGCUUUCCUCGGCCACCACACGAGUUCUUCUGAAUGGUGAUCCUAUCAGGCUCAUACACAACGCGAGGGGGCUAGGGCAGGGCGACCCACUCUCGCCAAUGAUGUUUAUAAUCACCAUGGAGGUGCUGCACAAGCUUUUCAAGAAGGCUGCCCAGGCCGGAGUGAUCAACACUCCACCAGAUGCAGCAAUUCAGCACCAAUGCUCGCUCUACACCGACGAUAUUCAAGCAUCCAUUGCUGAGGCUUUUAGGAAACAAUCAGAAGUUAUUGGGCGGAAAUCUACUGCCAAAGCUACUGCUGCUGCAUUUGUAAGAAGAUCACGCCGCAACAUUUGGGCCCAUGGGCAUAGUACCUAUUUUCGUGGCAGAGGAAGAGCUAGUUCUGAUGCUGCUGCACUGGCCUGUUCUGAUGAUGAAGAGGAUGGAAACGGUGAAAACGGUGGCAAAGAGGAGUCAUCUGCUGAGGAGAGUUCCCCAGAGAAAAAGAAUCUCCGAGAAAAUUUUAGCACAUCUCCACUGCGAGCAUGGGGAAAGAAUGGUACUCGCAGCCAGACUCGCUACAGAAGCUUUAUUGGUUCAAAUGGCAGGGUGCUCAAGGGUGGGCGCAUGAUCAAGUUGGUCGAAUGUUUGCGAAAUUCUGAUGACAAUGAUAGUGAGCGUGACAUACAUCUUUGUCUGCUUCCACUGGAUGGACAAACUACACCAAAUCUGGAGAAGCCAUAUCUGUGUUGUGGCCCAACUCUCUCCAUCAAACAGCUGUGUCAGUUUGUCGCCACUCAGACAUCUCACAAAGAUGAAGAAGUUGAGAUAUAUGCGUUGAAGCCUUCUUACAGCGACCUUGUCAGCACUAACACAUCUGGUUUCGAUAAGGCAAGGCUUGUAGGGGAGGAACGCCUUUCAGACUUGCGUUCCUCAUUCACAUUUCCCAAUGGGGUUCUGGAGCUGGUGUAUGCCAUCAAAGUCGCCAACUAGACAUUGAAUAAAGUGGGCCAGUUAGUUCAAAUGGAAGUAUUUUGUUCGUAGAUAUCUGGAUCUUGAACCUUUUGAUGACUCAGGGCUUUUGUAUACGGUUGAGGAG